UGAAAGUGGACGGAGCGGAGCUGCAGCUGAUUCGCUGAUGUCAGGGAGCCAGUGCAGCAUUUUCAUGGUGCAGGGUGGAAACGCGCGGUGCCAUCUGCCUCGAUCGGUGCUCUCGGCAAAAACCUCACACAUGCGAGCCCGGCAAGAAAGAUGCUGCCAACUCUCAAGAUCUGGGCACUGUUUUCCGUGUCGCUGUGCUGCCUGUCUCAGCCCGGUCAUCUGAAAAGGGUUUUCCGAUGUCCUUCAACAUGCAGCUGCUCCAAGGAGUCUAUCAUUUGCGUCGGGUCCUCCUAUAUCCCGAGGAUUACCCCCAACGAGAUCAGUUCUUUGAGCAUCGUCAAUGGGACUUUUACAGAGGUCAAAGAGGCGAUGUUUUCUCACAUGCCAUCUCUCCAGCUAUUGCUUCUGAACUCCAAUUCUCUAACAACUAUAAGGGAUGAUGCAUUCUCAGGCCUUCCACAUCUGGAGUACCUGUUCAUUGAGAGUAAUAAGAUAGAGACUGCGUCUAAAUAUGCCUUCAGAGGACUCAGGGACUUGUCUCACUUGUCUUUGGCAAACAACAAAAUUAAGGCCUUGCCCAGGGACCUCUUCAUUGACCUGGAGUCACUAAUAGAGCUGGAUUUGAGAGGCAAUGCCUUUGAGUGCGACUGCAGAGCCAAGUGGCUCAUGACGUGGUUGAAGAGCACCAAUGCCACAGUGUCGGAUGUCGUGUGUGCCGGACCGGAGGACAUGAAGGACAAGCGCCUCAAUGAUAUGACGAGUCUGCACAAUGAGUGCACAUCAACGGAUUUCGUCCUCCAUCAGUCCGUGGCAUCCGAGUCUUUAUCCAUCGACACAUUCAGCUAUAAGAAUGACGUCUAUGUGACUAUUGCUGCUCCCAGCACAGAGAGCUGUAUGGUUUACCAGUGGGACCACAUAGAAAUGAACUUCAGGACUUACGAUAAUAUCACAGGUCAGUCCAUCGUGGGCUGCAAGUCAGUUGUAAUCCUGGAUGAGGUGUUCAUCAUUGUGGCCCAACUCUUUGGAGGUUCCCACAUUUACAAGUUCGACGAUGACCAGAGCAGAUUCAAUAAGUUCCAGGACAUUGAGGUGUCCAAGAUCUCCAAGCCCAAUGACAUCGAGGCGUUCCAGAUCGGCUCCGACUGGUUCUUCGUGAUCGCGGACAGCUCGAAAGCGGGCCUGUCCACCCUCUACAAGUGGAACGAUAACGGCUUUUAUUCGUACCAGUCGCUGCACGAGUGGUACCGCGACACGGAUGCAGAGUUCUUGAACUUGGACGGGAAGGCUCACCUUAUUUUGGCAAGCCGCUCUCAGGUUCCCGUGAUUUACCAGUGGAGCCGGAGCAACCAGAAGUUUGUCCUGCAGGGCGAGAUCCCCAACAUGGAGGACGUCGUUGCUGUGAAACACUUCCGGAUCAAGGAGGAACUCUACCUGGCUCUGACGCGCUACAUCGGCGACUCCAAAAUUGUACGCUGGGGCACCAAGCUGUUCGCAGAGGUUCAGGCUUUGCCCUCGCGAGGCUCCAUGAUUCUGCAGCCCUUCUCUUUCAAGGAGCGUUACUAUCUGGCUCUGGGGAGCGACUACACCUUCUCACAGAUCUACCUGUGGGAUGACGAGAAGAAACUCUUUGACCGCUUCAAGGAGGUGUACAUCCAAGCGCCGCGCUCCUUCACCGUGGUUCCCACCGACCGCAGGGACUUCAUUUUUUCCUCGAGCUUCAAGGGAAACACGCAGAUCUUUGAGCACAUCAUCAUUGACCUGAGCUUGUGAGGGGCCGUGCCUUGUUGUACCUCCUGCAAUCCACUGUCUUCCACUAGAGAGAUACAUUUGUGAAGGGAAAAGAAACGACUAGACUUUGUGAACUGUAAAAAUAUAAAUUGAGCUGGGUGAAGUAGUGUCUUGACUAUUUCUCAAUGGCCUUGUCCUAUUACCUGUUCUCAGACUCUCAGAGGUUUGAACCAGUGCUCGUAUUCUUUUUGAAAUUCAGCCGACAUUUGUGUAGAAGAAGUAGGAAUUUAAAUUGACCUAUUUGGAUGUACAGUUUUUCUGUUUGAUGCCCCUGUACUAAUAGUUUUAUAACCCCAAAUUGAAAGCCCAAGUUUGUUUUACUCUUUAGGGGCAACUGAGGAUGUAACAGGCAUGUCGGCCACUUACCUCAUGUCCUCAUACCUUGUGGUAAUGUACAGUAUGAUGCCUUAUCAGCGCUGGGGUUUUGUGCUCUGAUGGGCCCACAGUGCCUCCCUCUGGCCGUGAUAAAGUAUCACACCCCUCUGCUUUUUCUAUACAGGGAAUGUCUUGAAAGCACAAACCUUUAAUUAUCUUUUCUGACAAAUUAGAGUGUAGUUGUUUAGUGGAAAUGUUAACGUAGGUGCUAUAGAUCAUUCUGCGUACAGUAAAAAAAAAAAAAAAAGUUGUUGUUUUAGGUCUAAUAUUCAGGAUUGAAUAUGGCACCUUCAACACAAACACUCGUGAAUGAAUAAUUCCCUUUUAGAUACAACUUUUAGAUCGAGGUACUAUGAGUGGAAAAGGAGAUGGAAGCUCUUUCUGCUUAUGUAAUGCAAAGGAACUGUGUUUAGGCGAUGUCAGGGAACUAAACUGAUUAAAUUAAAGUUGUUGGGCUCACAACAUAAUUUAACUUUUUACUAAAAAAAAAAUAAAAAAGCUCCUCGCAGCCGAAGUCAGUGGCCUCAUAAACGAAUCCGAUAACAGGACAUGAUGUAUUUUCUUUUCUUUUGAUCGAGAAGCAAAGUUAGUCAAAUGUAAAUAUAUCCACUCCAGUCGAGAGGCUUUUUUUGUUUUUGGUUUAGUCCUUCAUUCUGUUCUUUGAAAAUACUGAAUGUCGACUCGCGAUACAAAAGAUGUACAUAAACAGAAGACUGCGAAUCCACUACCUGUUCCGAACUGAUCUUUGCACUUACUUACAGCUUGCAAGAGCAUGACUUUAAAAAAAAAAGGGUGUUUACCAAAUUCUUUUUAGAGAAACGUAACAGUCUGAAAGUGCUUCUAUUCAUUGAGUGAAUGACAUUGCAAAAAAUAAAAGAAGUAAAAUAAAUAAAUAGAAAAACAAAAAAAAUCCCGGAAUAUGCAAGCUUUACAGUUGUUUUUUAUGAUUUUGUUUUAAGCAUACUGAAUGUUACUCUUAAAAUAUCCUGUAUAGUUGAGUAUUCAAAUAAAUGUGUACAAAUAUGAUUGUAAAA